AUGAGUUAUAAUCAACGAGAUCAAAAUAAUAAUGAAAAUCAACUACAGAGAAGUAAUGCGGGAUCAAAUAUAUCUAUGACUAGAAGGUCACCGUCCAUUCUUGUAACGGAUUCUCGUUAUUCCAAGAAUAGAGGACAUGCGCCCUUUGCAGGCCAUGCUGCAACUAGUGAAUCCAGAGGUUUAACAAAUACACAUGUUCAAUUAAAAAGACAAAAUUUAAACGAUCCUGGCAGUCAUAACAGUAAUAAUAAUUACAAUGACUAUAACAGCUACGGUUCUCUUAGCGGUAUAUCUAGUAAUCAGCAUGGGACAAAUUUUGGAGGCAGACAUGAACAAUUAAAGAACAGUUUUGCGAAAUCAAGACUUCGGAGAAAAUCGAAAGGUCAAUUCAGUGACAUUACUCUGGAUAAUAUACUAUCACAAAGUUCUGAUAUCCCAUCUGGUCGUCGAGAACAACGACGGACUUCCUCAUCAUCAUCCUCUGCAGCAAUGGAAAGAUUUUCUAAUUAUGAGAGACUGCGUGUAUCUUCUAAUUAUAGAAAGAUGAUAAAUCCUUUACCAACAAGAAAAUCAAAGAUUUCACAAAAAUUGGUUUUAAUUCCAGAAGAGAGUUCUCUUCAUGAUAAUGGGUUGUUCCAUAGCAUGGGUAGGAAUGCAACACGUACUUCAGUAGCUAAUAUACAGGAAAAUGAUCCAAGAAAUCUCACGAUGGAUAAACUAAGGUACAAGAAUAAACAGAAACAGAAAUUACCUCGAUUGACUGCAUAUAACAUUGCCGACGGAUUUAAUUUAAAGGUAAUGUCGAGAUUUUUGAAAAAGACUCAUGAAGUAUCACCAAGGCUGUAUGAUGACUGUCUUUAUGUUCCUUAUGUGUUGCCACUAUUACCUGGUAAGGAUGGAUUUAGAAUCAAAUCCAACAUAUCCAAGAGAACCGUUGGAGGGAAGACAAUCAUGGAUAAACUUAUUGAUACAAGUGAAAUGAGAGAUCAUCAUUAUGAAUAUUAUUCUGGGGUAGAAACGGUCGAAGAUAUGAAUAAUAAUUAUGAAUUAGAGACUACGCAAGCAGUUCCAGAAAAUAAAAAUGAUCCUGCGACAGUUAUUCCUGAUCAUUUACCUGGACCUACAACAUCAAAUCCAGAUGCUUUCAAUCCCAGCGAGCCUCAGUUCUUUGCUGAAGAGAGAGUUACAUCAGAAAAUGAUGAUGUUGAGAUACCUGACGACUCAACGAAAUCUUUACAUAUUAAAGGUAAUGAAACGGGAGCUAAUAACAUUUCACCGAAUUCGGAUAAGUUUAAAAGAGAUCAGCCUAACAAUAAUAUGAAUAACCAUGACAGAAGUUAUAGCGAUUCAAAUUCAGAUAAGGAUACUGAUAAGUCUACGUCUUUACUAAUUAACCAUGCAGAAAAAAAGCAUUCUGAAAUUUUUAUAUUUCAUUAUGGUGUAGUGGUAUUUUGGAAUUUUACAGAGACCCAGGAGAAAAAUAUCCUAGGGGAUAUCACUUUUGCAGAUAACAAGACAAUUAUACAUAAGCCUCUAGACGAACAAGAUAUUGAGAUAGAGGAAUUUCAUUUUGAAUAUGAUAUGGAGACAGAGAGACCCAGAAUAUUCAAUGAUGUUAUCACUCUGCGAUCAGGCGAUCACAUAAUAAAACUUACUCUUUCGUAUGCAAUCGCUCAAUCAUCUAAACUGUCGAGGUUUGAAUCUAGAAUAUCUCCGAUUUUAACAGCAGUAACAAAGCUUCCGAAAAGGUUAGCACUGUAUGGUACACUCGGACUGAAAAGAGAACAACUGUUAAAGAAAUCCGGUAAAUUAUUCAAAUUACGAGUAGAUGUUAAUCUUUCUUCCAGUGUACUUGAUACACCAGAUUUCUUUUGGUCAGUAGAGCCUAGUUUGCAUCCUCUUUAUGUUGCAAUGAGAGAAUAUUUAGAAAUCGACAAACGUGUUCAAGUUGUCAAUGAUCGUUGUAAAGUCUUUUUGGAGUUCUUUGAUAUAUGUGUCGAUUCCGUUGCUGAAAGAAAUAUGGCUAGAGUUACCUGGUGGUUCAUAAUCGUAAUUUUGUUAGGGGUAUUAUUCUCAUUAAGUGAGAUCUUAGUUAGGUAUAAUAUUAUUCAUAAUAAUCCAACAUAA